AUAUUUAAUCUUUGGUGUAAAAUUUGAAUAGACUUCUCAACAUGUAUGGAAAUAAUAAAUAUUGCUGAAUCUUUCGCGUUUGUGCUGAAUUGACCUCGUCAACACGAAGCGAGACGAAAAACGAUAACGAUGAGCUCUGAAUCCAAAUAGGAAUUUCAAAAUGGCGUCAGUGAUUUUUGGUGGAAUUUCAGUGUGUGUUUAACUUAGUUUACGCGGUAUUUGUGCUGAUUAAAAUUUAAUAAUUGUGAGAAAAAUAAUAAAUGUGAAGUGGUUUAUCGAUAGAAAAACAAAAAAUAAAUAGGAGCAGAUGUGCCUUUACUCUUUUAAUUAGUGAUAAUUCGCUUAAAAUGGCGUAUGCAUGCAAGGAAGCGGAAUAACUUUCUUUUUCACAAAUUUAUAAUUUUUACUGCUGGACCAGUACUUGGUUAUCUUAAGAAAAGGUGAACAACGUGUUGUUAAAUGUUGUAACUUGCACUGCUUGCUGCAUUUUGUGACAAGUGGCAAGUGGUACAGUCCGAGUUGGGACGCGUUUUACAUUUAUUCUAAUCGCCAGCGUGGGAACAUACGGAUCAUUUAUACAUAUAUUUUGUCAUAAUUUUUUAAACAUCGUUGAAAACGUCAGAAAUCACUAGAGUUAAAUUUGCCUAUGAUAAAGUGAAAAAGGCGGGUAAAUCGAGAAGACACUCCAAAAAUGUGUGCAGCACACAGUAACCCACAACAGGGCUUCGGCUAUACUUGGGGAUUCGCAGAUAAUACCCGUACGGAGUCUGUACUGGAGAUUCCGGCAAAUAUAAAUUACACAGUCAGCAGUGAAUCCAUGCCAUAUUUGCUAUCUACAGAUGGCUCUUUAACUGUGCAGAAGGACGUUAAAGGUGGAUUGACGGCUCAAAAAGGAGGUGUUGUACGACGUAUGUUUGUUGUAAAUGAACCAUUUGCACCAGGACCACAACGGGUCAUAACUGCAGGUACUACUACACCAUCGGUGGUGAAGAAACAAGACCAACAAGUGCUCAGUAUUAACUGCGACAAAAAUUACCUACUUGUAGAUCAAUCAGAUCAGUCACACUCUCUGACUAAUGGUAUCGUCGACACGAAGUCACAGACCAUUCUAACGACAACAGCUGGCGCUAAAACGCAUUUUAGUCCCAUCGGGCCGAUUCAUCUCACUGCAGAGGAAUGCAACGAGAUUUUAAUGAAACGAGCGCUUGCCGCAUCUCAACAGACUCACACGAUCACUACUGCAGACGGACAUGGGACGACAAGUGACAUUCUGCCGGGUAUAUCGGUACAAGUUCAAAAAGUGAUUCAAGGUUUAGAAGAGGCGGAUGAUUCACAAGGGGAUACACCCAACUUGAAGUUGGAGCCCGGUACAUUAGAGCUAUCUCCAAAAACAGAGUUGCAAGAUAACAUGAAUUAUAACGAGAAUGAUGCCACAGUUAAGAAGGAGCGACCAUACAGUUGCGACGAAUGCGGCAAAUCGUUUUUAUUGAAACAUCAUUUAACAACACACGCGCGAGUCCACACAGGUGAACGGCCGCACGUGUGUGUACAUUGUAGUAAGAGCUUUGCUCAUAAGCACUGCCUCAAUACACAUCUGCUGUUGCAUUCAACUGAUCGGCCGUUUCAGUGUACCGAAUGCAAGAAAAGUUUUACUUUGAAGCACCACCUGUUGACACAUUCACGUGUUCAUAGUCGUGAUCGGCCAUUUGUAUGCCCCGAAUGUGGGCGAACGUUCCCAUUGAAGCGACAUUUAGUGACCCAUAGUAAAUUUCAUGCUGGUGAACGACCAUACGUUUGUGAGGAAUGUGGCGAAAGUUUUGCUCAGGAGAAUCACUUAAUAAUGCAUUCACGUUUCCAUGGAUCGCUGAAUCCAUUUGUUUGCCCAGAUUGCGGAGCUACAUUUCCUCGCAAAUUUCAAUUGGUCAAUCAUGGCCGCAUUCACGGUAAAGUACCACACUCCUGCACCCUGUGUGGCAAAGAGUUCUUGCAGAAGCGCACGCUGGUUUCACACAUGAGGAUUCACACCGGCGAUCAGCCAUAUCCUUGCAUUAGUUGCGGUGAGGGCUUUAUGUCUAAAGCCGAAUUAAAUCAACAUGUGCGUAAUACACACGGAGGCGUAAAUCCAAACUCUUCAAACACUGCGAUACAUUCUACGCAGCAACAUCAUACGCAACAACAGACGCAAGGGUCACAUCCACAAACCAUUACUGUAGUCAGUAAUCCAGCGAACCCGGCAUUAUUAUCUGUGGGCGGUGAUAAUAAUGCUGCUCGGCCUCAAUUUGGCUGUCGUGAAUGUGGAAGUGCCUUUAAUAGUAGAGAAGCGUUAGCGCUUCAUUUGCGAUUACAUACAGGUGACAAAAGCCUUAUGACUGAUUUGUGCGCUUUAACUGCGGCACUGCCUGGCCACUUCCUCAACACCGGCCUUAAUCCAGGCGCCACUGUCGUUGCUACCAACCCCAAUAUAGUGGCUCAGAAUACAGUGCCCGUGCAGAUCAUUUCAUCAACCGGACAAGUCAUGACACAAACAACAUUGGUACAGGCUGCCGCAGCAACGCAUCCACAGGGUGUUGUUACUAAUGUGCCUGGAGUGAUGCAUCACCAACAGCCGCAACAGCAACUGACAAAUGCAGCGCCACAACAACAUCAUCCACAGCAACAGCAGGUAACGCCGCCCAAACCAAAGUCACAUUUUUGCGCCAGCUGCGGUAAAGGAUUUGCCGCUAAGCAUGGUCUUAUGCAGCAUAAUCGAAGACAUCCUAACGGUGGUUGCACCGUGCGCACACAUGUAUGCGAGUGCGGCAAGGCAUUCUUCCAGAAGAAUCACUUGAUGCUACAUCAGCGUCAGCAUUUGGAAACCAAACCGUCAGCUGCUGUCGCUCAACAGCAGCAACAACAGCAACAGCAGCAGCAACAACAACAACAACAACAACAGCAGCAGCAGCAACAACAACAACAGGUGCGUUGAUUGCAUAGCUAAGCAAAAGAUAAACAAAAUAUAAUAAAUACAAAAAAGCUGCACAACGCUGUGUAGUCCGCAAAAGAGUAAACCUGCAAAAUACGCAAGCCGGCUUUGCAACGCUUCCAUUAUAAUUUUUACACGAGCUCGGUAACGUUACGCUGAGACAAAUAACCAACGCUUAACAGCAAGCCAGAAUCCUCAUAUCAAACAACCACGAAAUAAAACUGCAUACGCAAAAUACUAACAUAAUGUUUUUCUUUUUUCCAUUUAGGAUUUAACACACGAACAGCACAGCCGCUCGCGCAAACAACAACAACCACAAUCGGCUAUGUUGAUAGGCAAUCAUCAAGCACUGCACCUGCAAGUUUUGCAAGGCACUAAUGCAGCUCAAGUUAUUAAGUACGAAAUAAAUAUACCACAGGAUAAUCAAAGUGGUUAAGCGUUGUUAGUGUAGAAAUGGUUAAUGGUUGAUUCAUUUUAUAUUAUCUCUAACCCAAAGGACAAAUUUCAACAUUCAUGUGAAUGGCGGCUGGGAGGAUGUGGGUUCAAAUUGUACGGUACACAGUACGGUACUUGUUUCAUUCGUUUAAGUUUAUUACGUUUUUAGUAUUUAAGCUUUAUUGUUUCGCUCUUUAUUGUGUGCACACAUUUCGCAAUGACAGUAGAAAUUACUAAUUGUUUCUAUUUGUGUAUAUAUUUGUUCAAUUUAACUUAACUAUCUAUAUCAAUUGUAAUUUUAAGCCCUCAACCAGACGAGCACACAUAAUUAACAAAUUCCUGUUACUAAGCUAAUUUACAGGGGAGAUACAAUUAGUAUAUGGGUUGGUUACACAUUAAGCCGUGCACAAUAAAGGAUCAUGUGUCUGCGUUAGUUAUGUUCCGAGUUCUCUUAUCCCUCACCUU